GUUUUGAAUUGUCCUUGUGAACUUCUGUAAAAAGCGUUUUCUGAUUUACGUUUAUAUGUUGUAAAAUGCGUUUGUCUGUCUACCUGAUAGAACUAUAUUAUAUUUUAAUAUUGACAAGUGUUAAAUAAGUACAAUAUGGAUUUGAAGGAUUUUAUAAAUAAUAAUUUAUUCCUUUUGUAUAAACAGAAAAACGAAGUAUUCGGUACAGUGCAAGAUCGGGUUGUGAAAAUGAACGAACACAGAAAAGACAGUCGUCGAAACGUUCUUUUUUGGAAAAGAAAGAUUCCUGAAAACAUGUCCCCUGUUGUAACACCAGCUUCUAAAAAAGAAAAGAGAGAGCAGGCAAAAGCAAGCGAGCAAGCAGCAGUGGAAAAAAGGCUGGAGAUGUUAGCCAAAUGGAAAGUAGAAAAGGAAAAACGGAAAGAAUUGCAGAAAACAACAAGUAAACCCAUUUUUAAGGUGACGCAUGUCCCUGUAACCGUCGGGCUUCCAAAUCUAGAAACGGUUAAUAGAGAAAUCAAGGGAAAACCGUUUAAAUCCAAGUUUGCUCCUGCUAACCACAAAUUCCGACCUCCAGCGAACAUUAAGCCUAUUUAUGUGUUCAAAAACGCCAAUCAGUCAGAACUCUCGAAAACUAAAGGCAAAAAUCAGUCUGAUAAAGAAUUGUACAAGCAUAAGAUGGUGACAAGGUCCCAAACACGUGGUACUUUGGAAGUGAAGCCGGCUCUUCACAAGAACGAUACCAAAGUUGAACCUACAACCGAAAAGACGAAGGCCAAACCAAAUAAAGAAAACACAACGAACGACAAAAAGAAAAAUAAAAUAAACAUUGACACGCCACCGCCUGUUAAACCGGUAUCGAAUAAGAAGUUAAAACCGAAGUCUAAUGAAGAAGCAAACAUAUCGGAGAAGACUAACAGGAAUACAGAAAACAUUGACUUACCGAGUGUUCAACCAGUAUCGAAUACGAAAACAAAACCGAAGUCUGUUGAAGAAGCAAACAAAUCGGAGGAGUCUAGUGAAAAUAAAGAAAUUAUUGACUUACCACCGCCUCUUCAGCCAGUAUCUAAUAAGAAAGCAAAACCGAAGUCUAAUAAAGAAGCAGACAAAUCGGAGGAAUCUAAUGAAAAUAAAGAAAAUAUUGACUUAUCGUUGAUGUCGCCUGAUUACCCUGUAUCGCAUAUUCCUUCUAGUGAAAGUGAUGAGGUGCAGACACCAAAGAAAGUAGAACCUCCGACAUAUGUUAGUCCUUUUGUAACAAUAUCUCGAGGGAAAAACAGUGCUCGAAAAGAGUACAAAGUGCGCAAGUUAGGACAAUCAUUUUCUUCAAACACAUCUGAUUCUCUUGACUACACGUCACCCAAAGCCGGCGCUGCUUAUUUUACAUGGCUUUUGGAUAGCCAAAUAGCCCGUUUGAAGGACUUGUGUGAUCAGUGGACCACAUACAAAGCUGCAACUAAUCCUCCAGAAGAAGCUGUAUCAAUGAUUGACGUUGCCAUAGGCCAGACCAAUCUCCUAAUUACCAAAAAGUUUGAGCAAUUCAGGGGUUUGAUAAAUAAGUGUCAAUCAGACUGUAAAGAAGCUCGUGUUACGUGUGAAGAUUUGCAUGGUUUUUGGGAUAUGAUGCAUUUACAAAUCGACAAUUUAGACAAGAGAUAUGCAAAUCUAGACAAUCUAAAAGCCAACAAUUGGCAAGAAAUUAUACCUGAAGUUAAGAAGGACAUAGGAAAGAAAAAAGGUCGAAAACCAAAAACAGCAAAAGCUUCUACUGCUCUUAGAGAAGCGAUUCAAGCUGCUCGCAAAAAGAAACAAACAGAAGAUCAAAUAACUCCGCUAAAUCAAAGGAGUAUCAGAUUAUCUGUUGUAAAAACCGAUGAAAAAACUAAAAGAAUCAGUUCUCCUGGACUUGCUUGCAAAACAGAAAAUCAAAUUACUUCGCUAAAUAGAAGCAGCAACAGACUUUCUAUUGUAAAAACUGAUGAACAAACAAGAAGAAUUAGUUCCCCUGGACUUACAAUGAUGAAGGUGUCACAGUUUGGAAAAAAUGUCGAGACUCCAGCUAAAAGUAUAUUGAAGGAUGCGUCUGUGAAAUCAAACCAGAAAAGUCGAACGAAAUCAGUCUUGUUUCAUGACGAAGUAAUACACGAAAAUAAGAAAUCUGAUCCAAACAAUUCUGUAACCAAAACACCAAUACGUCGAUCACACAGACUUUCAAAAGGUAAACUGUUUUAGUGUCUUAAUUAAGGUGAUUUUAUUGUUUUAUGUUCAUAAUAGACUGCGUUUUUUUUUAAUUGUAAUGUGUACUUGAUUUAGUUAUUUGUUUAAUAAUAAAAGUGACGAUUUAUUGAA